CGCGCACCGCAGCUCAGAGUGACACACGCUCAGUGACGUGACGCCAGCUGAGUUAGCCAAGCACUCCAGAUGACAUUUACUCAUUUACUCAUCCGUCUUAUCUAAAGUCCAACAGAGCUGUGCAUCUUCUAUUCACGCUAUAUAUAUUUUUUUUCUCCCUUCCGCCCCCCCCCCCCCUUUUUUUUUAAAUCCAUGAACAAACGCGCAGGCAGGGAAGGUGUUACACAUCUGGAUCAAACCAACGCAGCGGGUCGUGCUACUCGAGCCCCUACACAUGAGGUUCUCUCAUUCCGAUCGCGCUUACACGAUGGAAACACUUGGGGACUGCCACGCCUGAUCUGCGCAUAAACCCAGAUGCCUCCUCUCCCUCUUGAUGAGCGUAUAGUGGUCAUUCAGCACCCUAAAAACGUAGCCCUGUGUGAUGCUUCCCCACAAACCAUCCCUCAGCACUCCUCUCAAAUAUCAGCCUCUUCCAAUGGACACCAUACUCAUCUCCACUCUUCGAAGUCCCACUUCUACGCACCCUCGUGUAAACCUCUGACUCUCGACUGCAAGCGUAGAUCCUCUCGUGUGCAGAAGCUCAAGAGCGAUCAACCUGUCGCCCCAGCAGGUGCCAGACCCAUCCCUAGCCACUGCCAUAGCAACGGCACAGUAACUCUCGCCCCACGGCUGCCCUCCCACACACAUACUAUUGAUAUCAGGGUGACAGUGGACAAAGGAGGACAUGGAGGAGGAAUCAGCAACUCAUUGGGGCGCAGUGGAAUUGUAAAAGGUGGCAGAGAGAAAUGUGUCUCUUCACAGCUGGAUCGAGGACAAUGUGAUAGGCGGACUGGAACCGCAGGGAGGCCGGGUGGUGCCGAACUCAAGUCCCAGCGAAGUCGCCAUAGCCAGCAGCCGUCUUCCCCCGGGGGCAUCCUGCAAUUCGUCCCGGCCCAGGCGCAGCAGCGUAGGUUGAGGACGGAAAAGGAAAACACUAGUUUUUUAAACAGAAGUGACCAGGAAUUUCCUUCGCUGGAUCACAAGAAGAAUUCCAAACUGGGAACUGCCCAUCAAAGCCAUAAUAGCCUAAAUCUACCCUACCACCAAAAUUCCGUCCCUGUGCCCCGUGCCGCCAUCCUAAAUUCCAACUAUCCGUCGUCCCCUCUCUCCCAACCCGCCCGUGUCCCCGGCCCCUUUCAGAAAGUCAGCCAGCCGCAAGCGUCCCGCACCAGGGAUCUCCGCCCUCACAUUCUCCAUGGUCUACCCCUCUCCCCCUGCUCCUCCCACGCCGGAGGGUUCCCCAGCCCUGACCACACCUGCACCAUUGACUGCACCCACCCAUUCAGUUGUGGCUGCUGGAGGUUAGUAAGAUGCAUAGGCUGUAAGGGACACUCGGCCAACUGCCGAGAAGGUGGAGGGAGCACUUCCGCAUCAUUUUCAUGUGCUCAUAAUGCUGGAGCAGUGAAGAGAGGAGGCAAAGAAAUGGGCUUGAGGAAUCUCGGUGGGUGUCUCUCCACCACCUCCACCUCCAACACCUCCUCCUCCAACAGCACUGUGUCCGACUGCCGAGCCAACCUGUUCAAACCUCUCCGCUGUGCCUCCUGCUCUGGGGAGGCUAGAAACUUUGAGAGUCCAGCUAUCCUUCGCAAAAAACUGGUUGGGGGGUGCCUGCCGUGCACCCCGCUGUCCUCCUCGGCCCCUCUCCGGGCCAUACAGAGCUGCGUCACAGGCUGCAACCCCAAAGCCUCUCAAACAGGCAGCUCCACCUGCAGCUACUGUAGCAGCGACCCCAUAGUGGUGACAUUUAACCCUCGCAGGUGCAAACCCCCAGGUAGAGGCAUCGGAGCCACUCAUCAGAUGGGAACGCUCCAAGCCGAUGACGACGACUACAGCGUGCGUACGAUCUGGCCUGAGGAACUGGCCAAGAAAAUGACCCAUUCUAAAGCCCAAAAGAAUCACCCGGUGAUGGGUGUAGGAGCGAGGAAGAACCCUGCCACCCAAGUCCAAAAUGGCAGUAACAGACCAGGCCUUGCCCUCCUGGACUGUCAAAACCUGCAGGAAUACACGCAGUCUCAGUUUACAGACCGCGCUGGCCGACGUCGGCUUCAGCAGGGAAAAAUGGCCGCCCUCGACUUCAUGGGCCGCGGGUCGGGGUCGGGGUCCGGGCGUGACGAGGGACAGAACUCACUGAAGAGGCUCUUGAAUAAAACAGGAGACGCAGGAACAGAGCAAGACGGCGAUGCAGCAUAUCCGCGCUCCCCCUCUCCGCGCUCCUCAGCUUCUCCACCGUCGCCUGUGUCCUUUUCUCCUCCGCCGUCCGCUCCGUGCACUCUGAUCAAACCCAAGCCCUGGCAGAGGGACAGGGAGGGAGGACAUUCUCUGCCGUCCGCUCAGUCCCUUCACCUGGCCCUCAACUCCCUGAACAGAGAGCAAGAUGAGGAAAAAAGCAGAAUGCACCUUUCUCUGCCGCUGUCCUCUUCUUUGCCGGCUUCUCUGUCCGAUGAGACGGCGAUGAGUCCUGAUGCGGAGAACGCCGUGGUGAGUCCCAUCCUGCCUUUCCUUUUUCUGGGGAACGAGAGAGACGCCCAGGACUUGGACCUGCUGCUGCGCCUCAACAUCGGCUUCGUGGUCAAUGUGACCACGCACCUGCCCCUCUACCACGUCAGCUCUGGAUUGCGCUACAAAAGGCUGCCAGCCACCGAUAACAGCAAGCAAAACCUUCGGCAAUACUUUGAGGAGGUCUUUGAGUUCAUUGAGGAGGCAUAUCAGAGUGGACAGGGAGUGUUGGUACACUGCCAGGCCGGCGUGUCCCGUUCUGCAACCAUUGUCAUCGCCUACCUUAUGAAGCACACCCUCAUGACAAUGACGGAUGCCUACAAAUACGUGAGGAGUCGUCGUCCAGUGGUAUCUCCCAACCUAAACUUCAUGGGCCAGCUUUUGGAGUUCGAGAGGGACCUCAACUCCGGCGUGACUCCUCGUAUCCUAAUGCCGAAGCUCAGCGGUGUGGAGACGCAGGUGUGAGGAAGGUCAGGAGCGUGUGAAAGUACCGAUUAAAGCAGUAUUGAAAAGAGUGCAGCAGAUUUUAGAAGAGUGACGUGGCCACAAAUACUUUGGUGGGAAAAACGGUGGUGUUUUCGGCAGACAGUGCACUUUUAAUACUGUGAAACACAAGACAAAACACCGGAUGCUUCAACACGCGACCAUCACCCAGUAUACUGUUUAUAAGAAAAUGUGCCAAUAUUUUGUGGGGACCCAACGUCAGUCUCAGAUCUCAUCUUUCUCUGAUGCCUCUUCCUAUUUGUUCCCAUCGUUUACAUUCACAGCCACCAACGGAAAUACAACGACUGUGUGGCCAUAAAUCAUAAGCGCACGCUGAACGGAUAUGCAAAUGUGGAAAAGGAUCACUGGUGAUGUGCUACUCCCUCUGCAACACCAGGUUGAUGUUUCCACCACAUGUAGCAGCAAGGAUAUGAAUACAAACUUUACAUUCCAUUAUCGCUGACUAAAUUGUCACAAAGACGAGAGGAAUUCAUGGCGUAGACCACAGUCACUGUUUUCUGAAACCUAUUGAAAAAAAGGGACAAACAGCUCAUGAAAAUACCUAUUGAAUGGUUUUGGUUCAGUAGCAUUUUAGAAGAAAAAAAAAUUGAAAGGGUGAAAUUAUACUGUGCACCGACAGGGUUAGAGUACACAAUAUAACUGUAGAAAUGUGUGAGUAAAAUUUAGAUUUAAACACAUUAACUGCAUAUUUGAAAUUACAACUGAAGAAUACUUUGAGAGAGUUGCAAACUAUGGUUUACAAUAAAUUUGACCGGAGCUGUGCGUUAGCAGGUUCUCUCCUAGUGUAAUAUUGCGCUUUAAAGACAACUCACCAUCUUAAGCUGUGAGGUAUAUGUUUUUGUCGGUAAAUCAUUGAGAAACUACAUUAUUUAAUGGAUAAUUGAACCAAGAAAAUAGUUUUUUGUGGUUUUGCAUGAAACUGACCUGUCAUAGUGCACAGACAGGUAUUUUGCCAUGUAGCACAUGGUAGUUUGAUAUUCAGGAGACAACACAGAAACAACAGAAAAGAGGUCACAUUUAACACUUACUGUCUGGUCGGAUAAGUAGAGAGAAAAUGGUGUGUGUUAAUAACUGCUCGACCGUAGCGCUUUUAUUUUGUAACCCUUUAUUUCAGAUAUUUGAUUUGACUGCACAUCCUGCGGCAGAUUAUACAUGUUAUUUCCAACAGUACCAGUAAGGGAUAAAGGAAACAAAUUGUUUCCCUACGCUAAAUCCAUAUUUAUUAUUUUUAUUCCUUUCUCAACGAGGUUGAAAACAAACAAGCAGUUUUUUAGUGACGGUGAAUUCUGAAAGUUGAGUGGUUGCUCUUCAUUACUCCCUGUUCUAUUCCCUUAUUGUCUGUACUGAAGUUCUUCACUGUGUUCCUCCUGACUAUGCAUUGCUUUUUAUGUAGGCUUUUGGUUUAAUUAGAGAAGAUUAAUUCACUGUGUUAUUACGGUCAUGGCCUGAGUCUUACUCAACACACCUUCACACACCUGCAGGUUCAAUUUUCUGGUUUAACGUAAUACAAAACCUUAUAUUAGCCAAAAAAAUUCUAGAAACUUAUUAUUAUAAUAAACAGUGGAAAAAGACUCAUAGGCUCAUACAUCAACUAUAAUAUAGGAAGUAAGUGCAGAUUUAUACUUAUAGUGUUCUACAUGUUGUGAAACAAAAUCAUACAAUCUACAAACUCCGUAUUAUAUCAGUUCAUCCUUUGGGGAGAAUCACUGACUGACUGGAUGAAUAAUGUUUUUCUAAUCCGGUUGCAAAGGGAUGAGAAUAUUUUGCACAUUUUCUAAACAAAUGCCACACAAAACCGUACUUUAUGACUCAAGCAUUUGCAAUGUUUUGACAGCAUUAAUUGUCAGAUAUGACAGAAAGAUUCAGGUGAAAGAAGUGGGGACACACAUUUUAUUAUUUGAACUAUUUGUGUUCUCUUGUCUUCAACUGCGGAAACAAAUAGUUGUGCAGUCGGACUCAGGAUAGUCCAAUCAAAACAAACUUUUACACCUUGACUUCUCACAGUUCCUAAGUAUUUGUUGUUAUUUAUUUAAAUAUUUUCACCAGAUUCCAGUUGCCCUUUUUCCAGUAUUUAGGAAAAUACCCUGUUCCGAGUUUCCUUAACCAAAAUGCCUUCGGUUUAGCCAUAUUUAAUCUGGUCCUCCCAUGUUGUCAUUAUAUUUAUGACUUUGUAGAAUGGUCCUGGGUUUUGCCUGGUGGAUUUGUUUUCUGUCAAAGUGACUUUGAUAUAGGCUAUAUAUUUUUCUACAGUCAAACUGCUUCAUUGUGUUAGUAUACAAACUUACUCUGACUGUAUUUACAGUUUUUUUUUUUUACAUGAAUCUUUGUUUUGUAUGAAAGGCUGUUCGGACAGGAUGCCAUCUUCCAACUCUGCAGAACCAAUGAGGAUCUUGAGCCGUGCUGUGCGUUGCAGUGUCACUGUUAUCAGACCUCAGUAAACGUGGGUCAACAUACCGCAUUCCUGUUUUUACCUCUCGCCUUUACUUUAGUGGGAGAGACUUCCACCUAAACAUGCUGUUUCCUCCUCCAGUCUCUCCAGCUCAGCUCACAAUUGGUGUAGUAUUUACUGUUGAAGGCCUGUUGCUCCUUUAUUUUUAUACAGACUUUAUAUGCAAAAUGGCUGUCAAAGCAAUUUCUUUAAUUCCAGGCAGCAUGGACUUGUUCAGUGUUGGCCUCAGACGUUUGUACUCAGAAAUGCAUCAAAAGCCGACGGACCUUUUCUCUUUCAUUCAUGUGAACUGAAAAGCCAGUGUUUCUGUGGGUUUCAGUGUGUGUAGAAAAAAAAACCUCUUGUUUGUAUUUUGCAUUUGAAAAUGGGAAAGUUGAUGCAGUCUGAAUGAUAAGCUUUUGAGAACAUGGUUUAUCCGUGAAUUGCUUUAUUUAUGGUGACAUGAUUAUUCCUGUUUGUACUCCAUUUUGAUCAUUGUGUUUUUUCCUGUACCAAAUAAUGAGUUAAAAAGACUGGCUAUUGAUUGAUUCAAAAGACUGAUGAUGAUGAUGAUGA